AUGUACGUGGGGUGGCUGCAGGUGGAUGUGGAUGCUCUUAGAGACAGGGAGGGGGAUGCUGUCAAGCGGGGGCUACUGGAUAACUACGAUGACGUGGAGGGUUACUACAACUUCCAGGUCGGGGAGAUGAUGGAUGGGCGGUACGAGGUGUUUGCUACGCAUGGCAAGGGUGUGUUCAGCACCGUGCUGCGCGCGCGUGACAAGGGCCAGCAGGACGCGCUCGGCCGCCACCCAGAGGUGGCGGUGAAGGUGAUCCGCUCCAACGAUGUGAUGUUCAAGGCGGGCCAGACGGAGACGGUGAUUUUGCGCAAGCUGUCCGGCGCGGAUCCCGAGGGCAAGCGCCAUGUCGUGCGGCUGCUGCGCACCUUCGAGUACCGGCAACACCUCUGCCUCGUCUUUGAGAACAUGGACAUAAACCUGCGGGAGCUGACGAAGAAGUACGGGCGCGGCAUCGGGCUGAACAUCGCGGCGGUGCGCGCGUACGCGGCCCAGAUGCUUACGGCACUGUACCACCUGCGCAACUGCGGCGUGCUGCAUGCCGACAUCAAGCCCGACAACAUCCUGGUGUCUGCCUCGCGCACGAUGGUGAAGCUGUGCGAUUUUGGCUCUGCCAUGUUUACGGGCGACAACGAGACCACCCCGUAUCUUGUCUCGCGCUUCUACCGCUCCCCCGAAGUCAUCCUGGGCCUCAAAUACGAUCACCCGAUGGACAUGUGGAGCGUGGGCUGCGUCAUCUACGAGCUCUUCACCGGAAAGAUUCUGUUCCCCGGCCGCUCCAACAACGAAAUGCUCAAGCUCAUGAUGGAUGUCAAAGGGGCAUUCCCCAAGAAGAUGCUCAAGCGCGGCCAGUUCGUAAACCAGCACUUCGAGGACGACCCCAACAUGAGCUUCGCCCUGCAGGAGGAGGACCCAGUCACCCGGCACCCGGUGCGGCGGCUGAUCUCCAACCCCACAGUGAAGCGGGACUUUGCAGGGCUGCUAGCGGGCUCGGAGGGCGACAAGCGCAAGCUCGCACACCUUUCAGACCUGCUGGAGCGGCUACUGCACUUGGACCCUGACAAGCGGCUGAGCCCCAAGGAAGCCCUGCGCCACCCCUUCAUCAAGGACACUGCUGCCAAGUGA